AUGACAUUGCAAUGUUUGUGUCCUUUCUUUAGGGGAACAAUGCGUGAUGAUGGUUAUUGUUAUUUACGUAAUGGAAGGCCUUUAGCUAUUGCUUACAGAAAAGAGUAUAGAAUGAUGACAGAUGAUGAAAGGGAACGUUUUCACUCAGCAUUUAAUCAACUAAAAUUUAACGGGGAAUAUGAGAGAUUUGCUAGAGAACAUCAAUCUGUAAGUCAAGGAGGUGCUCAUUCAGGCCCAGGUUUUCUUCCUUGGCAUAGAGAAUUUAUUAAAAGAAUGGAAAUUGCUUUACGUUUAAUUGACCCAACAGUAGCUCUUCCAUAUUGGGAUUCUGUUCUCGAUGUUUAUUUACCCGAUCCAAGGGAUUCAAUUAUUUUUUCUCCUUUAUUUACUGGGGAGAUUGAUAUGAAUGGAUUUGUGGUUAAUGGACCUUUUGCUUUUUGGAAUACAAUUGAGGGAAGGAAUACUAUUUGGAGGACACUUUCUGGAGAGGGAGGGCUAUUCAAUGAAGGUCUGUUAUACCUAUACAAUUUUCCCCUUAAUUAUCACCUUUAUUUUUUCAAUAAAGGUCAAUUGUCUUCUGUGGCCAAUGAACCAAAUAUAGAACAUGUCCUCUCAUAUACAGUCCCUCUCGCAGGAUGUCCAAUACCCGUAAACUUCAAUGCUUUGGAAUACUCCCAUUCAAAUAUAGUGCCAGAAACAUCAGCAAAUGACCCAAUCUUCUACAUGCAUCAUUCUUUUGUUGAUUUAAUUUUUGAAAUUUGGCGUCAACGACAACAAAGAAAGUCCGUAAUAUAUUUUAAUAAUAAAGGGACUUGCCUAUAUUUUAAUUUAAAUAAUGAAUUAAUUAUAUUUCUGAUAACCUUUUGGGAAAUAAAAUUUUGUUAUUAUUUGUGGUCAUGUGGAAAUGAAUUUCAUUUUUCUUAUGCUUGGAUGAGGCCUUUUGAUUUUCUUUCCAAUCAAGAUGGGUUAUCUAAUGCUUAUACCGAUCAAUUAUAUAGAUAUGCUCAACGACCAACAUGUUCAGCACAAGUCCCUACUUGUGGAUCUAGGCAAGUCUUAUUAAAAUAUUUGUUUUGCGAUUUCAAUCAUGGAUUUCCUCAUUGUGUAGCCAAAAUAAAGUUUGGUGGUAUUUGUGAGGGUUUUGAUGGAAUGGAUGCUUGUUUUAACGGUCAAUGUAUUUUUGGAAGGUGCCAACAAGGCCCCACACCUCCACCCUGGCGCCCAACCCCUCCGCCAACACCUCCACCACCUCUACAGCUUAGACCAAUGUCUAGAGGAAUUCAAAGAAGAGGAAAUCAGAGGCGCAUUCCCCCUCCACCCCCUCCAAUUGUAAGAAGACUUUUAAGACGUCCAAUAGAAUCACAACAAACUCGAAGAUUUUUAACACGUCAAAUGGCAGCAACAACACAUAAACUUUUUAUUAAUUGUUUUAAUAUGAAUCCUUGUUGUGAGCAUUGGGCAGAGAAUGGGGAAUGUAAAACAAAUAAAAAAUAUAUGGAGAAAUAUUGCAAAGCAGCUUGUGAACUUUGCACGCCCAAUUUUAAUAUAACAAAUGAAUGUGUAGAUAGACAUGUUAGUUGUAAACAAUGGAAGGAAGGAGGGGAAUGUUUGGGGAAAUCGAAGUUAUUUUUACAAGAAAAUUGUCGAGAAAGUUGUGGAUUGUGUAAACAAAAUAAAUAUGAAAAUUCUUGUCUUCCACAGGGAUUAUUAUUACACGAACACAACAAAAAUAUAAUUAAAGAAUUAAAAAAGAAUGGAAAUAUUACUUUAGAAAAUAUUCCCUUUAGAAAUUAA